AUGGUAAACACUGUGACUUACUACAAGAAUAGAAAAGAGUUAUUUUUGAAAAAGGAGAGUUCAAGCUUCUAUAUCGACAGUGCUGUUUUCAGUGACAGUGGCCAGUACUACUGUAUUGUUUUCAGCAUCUUUGGUCCACACCACUCCCAAACAGAAAAGAUUGAAGUUCAAGAGCUAUUUUCACCUCCUGUGCUGAAAGUCACCCCCUCACAACCCAUUGAGGGAGCCAUGGUAACACUGACCUGCAACACCAGGCUCCAUCCAGAGAAGUCAGACACUGAACUUCAAUUCUGCUUCUUCAGGAAAGGCCAGAGUCUGAAGCCAGGCUGGAGCAGGUCCCCAGAGCUGCAGAUUCCCACUAUAUGGAGCCAAGACUCAGGGUAUUAUUGGUGUGAAGCACAGACAGUGAAUCACAGGGUCAAAAAAGAGAGCAUCCCUUCUAAGAUUCGUGUGCAGAGGGUGCCCGUGGCUAACAUAAGCUUAAAGACUCAGCCCCCUGGAGGACAAGUGUUUGAAGGAGGGAAGCUGGCCCUUUUCUGUUCAGUGUCUGAGGGCACAGGAAACAUCACAUUCUCCUGGCACAGAGAGUCUACAGAGAUAAGUCUGGCAAAGAAGACUCAUGGUUCCUGGUCAGCAGAGUUGGAAAUCCUGCCUGUAAAGGAGAGUGAUGCCGGCAAAUAUUACUGUAGAGCUGACAACGGCCAUGGACCCGUCCAGACUGAGGUGAACAUCACAGUGAGAAUUCCAGUGUCUCGCCCUGUCCUCACCCUCAGGGUUCCUGGAGCCCAGGCUAUAGUGGGGAAUGUGGUAGAAUUUCACUGUGCUGUCCAAAGAGGUUCUCCCCCAAUUCUGUACCAGUUCUAUCAUGAGGAUGCCACCCUGGGGAACAACUGGGCAUCUUUAAAAGAGGAAGCAUCCUUCAACCUUUCUCUGACUGCAAAUCACUCUGGGAUGUACUUCUGUGAGGCCAGCAAUGGCCUGGAGGCUCAGCGCAGUCAAGUAGUGAUACUCAAUGUCACAGAACCUGAUGACUUUAGAAGAGACCCUGUCACAGCUAGACUUCUUGGAGGACUGUCUAGUAUGCUUGGUUUUGCUAUUAUUGCUCUACCAUUUUAUUGCUGGUACCACAAGAGAGCAGUCAAUUCACUUUAUCACUUAAGUUCUUCCAGCCCAAGACUUCAAGAGUUCACGUAUUCCCGUCCACCUUCAGCAAUGGAGGAGCCUAUGUAUAUCAACGGUGAGAUGUCCCACUCCAGCCCACUUACAGGAAUGGAAGAGUUGCAGCCAGUGUAUAUGAAUGGGGGAACUGAAAAUAUGGGUGUGGUUUAUUCCCUGCUAAGGAACAUUCAGCAGACAAAUGACUCAGCAAAUACAGGAAAGACAUUUCUGGGGACCAAGGAGUCCUCAGUUAUCUACUCUGAGGUGAAGAAGAAAAAACACUUUGAGGAAUCAGAGGAGAAGACCAAUAACAAGUAA